AUGAAAAGGUGUUUGUUUAACGUAUUUAAACAUAAAAUUUAUUUCAUGUUAAUAUGUAUAGGAUACUGUUUUACAGUUUUUGUGAAAUCUUUUAUGCUUUUAGCACCUUACUAUUACAGUGAUUUUGCAUUGGCAGUAAAUACGACGACAGCAGAAGCAUCUUUUUCUAGUACAAAUUUAAGUCAAAACAACGAUAUUACCAAUGAUGAUGUGUUGCCUCUAGUUGAAGCAGAAGAAGCAACCGAAAAGCAAGCGGUGGAACAAAAUUUUUUACAAAAAUAUAGUAAAUGGAGUAUAAUUGUUAUUUUAUUUAUUUUUCUGGUUGGUGCGAUGGUGCCUGCAACGGUUAUUUUUUUCGUUUGGAUGAGAAUAAUAAUUCUCCAGCAGCAGAUGUAG